UCAUGUAGGAAUGUUAUCUAAGAAGUUAUCGGCCCGAUAAAGAUAAAAAUAAAUUCGUAAAUGCUAGGAUAUUUGGCAGUAAAUUGAAUUAUAUUUAAAAUGAUACUAAGUUUGAAAUUGAUUAGUUAAUUAGGAAACUCCAUGCAGUGUUUAAAAAAACAUUUUUUUUAUUUUUUGUACUUAAUUUAACCACAUAUUAAUUUUUUUUCGAAACGUUAUUAAUAGUUCCUAAAUUAAUCAAUUAACUUCAAGCAUAGCAUGACUUUCUCGAUAUAGUUAAAUCUACUAUCAAUUUAUCCAAAUAUUUAUAAAAUUAUUUUUAUCUUCAUUAGGUUAAAAACUUCAGACAAUCCUCAUAUUCAAUGGAGCGCAGGGGUAGCAACAAAAAAGUGUAUGGAGAACGAUGCGCACGCGCGAAUACGAGGGCAAUCGAUGUGCUUUGCCGACUGAGUAUAUUACAGCACAGAUUGUGUGUUAUGGGUUUUUCAGAGCACGCUGGGAAGGAGGUUGAGCAAGCAAACACUUUUUUGCUCAAUUAGUAUUAGGGCAUGGCAGGUAUUCAUGGGCAGUUUACUAGUCUCAUAUUGCUACUCAGUCUAUUAUUGCAAAGUCAUGAAGAAGUGUUGGCCUGUCCCGGAACUUGUUCUUGCAAGUGGAAGGCCGGUAAAGAGUGGGUGGAGUGCGCCGGCCGUGGACUGCAGGGUUUACCACAAGGUGCUCGCGAGGAAACCCAGGUGCUAGAUUUAAGCAACAACCAACUGCUCAGUCUUGAGGCUGAUUGUUUCUUCGUGUUACGAUUAGUAAAUUUGCAGCGGUUAUAUCUCAGUCGCUCACGACUGCGUCGCGUGGCUACACGCGCUUUCACCGGACUUCAAGGACUAGUUGAACUUGAUUUAUCAGAUAAUGAAUUAGAACAAGUUCCUUCAGACACUUUUGCUUCCAUAGCCAACCUAAUGCGGUUGAGCAUGGCGGGAAACCCGCUAGGCGAACUACACCGCGAGUCCUUUCAACAUCUUGGUCAGUUAAGCUUCCUUGAGCUGAGUCGUUGCCAGCUACAUAAUAUAGAAGAGAUGGCAUUUAUGGGACUGCACGCUCUUGAAUGGCUUAGACUUAAUGAUAAUUUACUUACCACCCUGUCUCAACAGGCGCUACCCGCUCCAAGAACCCCACUUCAUGGUCUACCUCUGCAUGGUAAUCCUUGGAAAUGUGACUGCCAUCUACAAGAAUUACGUAGUUGGUUAGAUAUGUCUCAGGCGCAGGCACCGCAAGAAGCUGAACCUGGUUGUGCUCAACCUUUAAGGCUGAAGGGGCGUAGGCUACGUACUCUUAAAAUUCACGAGCUCGCAUGUGUUCCUGAGCUCACGAUACGCCACUCUGCGGUAUUGAAUUUAAUUCAGGGAGAAAACGCAAGCAUUAGUUGUGAAGUACACGCCAAUCCAAAACCAACAACGCUAUGGUUACUUAACGGCGAACCUCUUAGUAUCCCCUCGGUUACUAGGUCUACCGUCACAAGUGAAUUUUUUACAACAGCGAAUAGAUAUAGUUACAGUGAGAAAAUUAACGAGGACGAAAUGAUAGUAACAAUGGAAAUUAUAGGUGUAGAGAUAACAGACGAAGGUAGUUAUAUUUGUCAAGCUGAAAAUGCUGCUGGUUUAGUUUGGAAAAAUACUACAUUACACGUAAUGAGCCGUGAGCUAGCAAAUCUUGAUCCUCCGCUCCAGUCUGAAGACAGCAUAGAGAACUCCACAACAGAAAGCGCAGGCUACGCUGCGGCUAUUGCAGCAGGUGCACUCUUAGGUACUCUUUUAGCAUUAGGUUGCCUUUUUCUUGGCAUAUUUUUUUAUGCGCGUCGAUUACAUUCUUUUGGUACAAAAGCCAAGUCAGAGUUCAAACAAAUCACGGACUCUGGUUCAAAUUUGGAAACAAACUGCAGCGUGAAUACAGGUUUGCCAAGUGGCUUCAUACCAGCUUCCAUACUCAAAAAACCUGGGGUCACAAAAACUUCUGAAGAAUUUAAUUCUAAUACACAAGAACUAGGUGAAUUAUCUAAUGCCCAUCCGCGGCGUCGUUUUAUCGAGCCUGACCUCAUUAAUGAAGUACCGAGCCAAUCAACAGUAUCUAAUUAUCUUCAACAACCCCAAUUAAAUCAGAUAGAAAACUAUUCCAACUGUCUUGACCGUGACGGUUAUCCACUAAAUUUUGGUUUACCUAAACUUAAUUGUCUCGGCAGGGAACGCUUAAGAUGUACUAGUUUACCUAGGUUACGUCAACGCCAAAAUCAACUUCUUCAUUCAAACAUAUCUUUAACUCAGCAGCAAAUAGAAUCCGCUUUCUCACCACAGGAAUGUUAUUCAAAAGAAGCGGAAAUUUUAAUGGAAGACCAGCCAUCAAUGGCUUUUCUCGACCUUGGUUACGCUGCCGUCGUGCAGUCGGUACCACUGCCGCCGCCACCUGCCUACCGCGUUCAAUUACCAGCAGAUCUAUCAGUAUUACAACAGCUAUCACCUAGUCAGAGAGCAGGACAAUCCAUUCAGCAUCCAGAAAGUCCUGAUGAAGGUUAUGUCGGUGAUGCCCUAGACGUCUAAUAGAUUUAACUUUUGUUUUAUGAAAAAUCAUGUACACAAUAUUUUAAGCUCAAACAACCCCGAUUAGUAAAAUUCUGGAACUGGAAUAUAGGAAAAUAGAUAGGAUUUUCCGAAGUAUUUUCCCUUGCUCAAUCAGAAAAUUACUUAAUUUUUUGAAUAUUUAGAUAUCAGAAUUUUUUAAUAUUUCAAUUUUCUAAUUUUUCGUUCACAAUUUUGCUAAAAGAAGUUUCGAAAAUUAAUUUUCUAAGAUAAUAUAUAGGUAAUUACCAUUUGAGUAACAACAAAGUUUAUAUAUAUUAUAUUACAAUCUUAUACUAUGAUAGGUAUUUACACACAAUAAGAUAGUUUGACCUAGCUACCAAAAUAUUAAGUUAUUAUAUUAAAUAAUGCUACAGUUAUUUAUAUCAAAGUAAUGCUAAUUGUUAUUAUCAACCUCAUAAAUAUGCGCCGUUAUCUAUAUCAACUUAAGAGUUGUAGAUUUAUUAGUUUUUAGACCAAAUAAACUUUGUAUUAAUUUAUGAGACGAGUAUUUGAUAAUAAGAAAUAUAGCGAAAUAAGCAUGUUAAAAUUACCUUGUUGAAUAUAUAUUCGGAACAGGCUAUUCGAAAGGACCUAUUUAAAAAGUCAAAUUUUUUAACUACUAAACUUAAUUCUAUGAUCCCUAGGCUUAAAAACGUGUUUUUGGUUUUUUUGAAAAACAUUUAUUCUACUCACAGUUCCCUUCAAAACAACUGAAAAAAUUCAUGGAGGGGCCUUUUUCACUGAAAAAAUAUCCUGAUUUUUUCAGAUUUCAAGGAUCAAAAUGGUGACCAGAAAAAAGUGACUGCAAAAACAAGCUAUGAUUUGCAUGUUAGGCAGCCCUUGAAAUCUAUCUUUAGAUCUAUUCUUCAAGAUGGUUUGUGAUGAAACUUUAAUGAAAAUUUCAGAUUGAGACUGCAUUCGGUUCUCAAGAUAUCCAGGGUCAAAGUUGUUAAUUUUACAUGAGCCCGAAAUCCAAUAUUA